AUGACGCACUGCAUCUGGCUGCUGUCCAUGCUGGCGUUGGUUAACGCACGCUCGCUACAAGGUCCAAGAGCAUAUGCUCAUGCUUACGCGCAUCAGCCCUUGCCCUACUAUGGACAUCCCUAUGGCUAUCCAGCGCCAGCACCUUACGGUUUUGCCUACCAGCCACGCCCCUUUGUCUACAAUCCACCUGGCACCUACUUCGAUAGCGCCUACGGCGUGCGCAAGCCGCUGCCCGGCGGUGGCAAUCCAGUAGCUGUGGAUUAUAACAAUCGCUGCUCUCGCAACUAUGUGGGCAUCAAGCCGCAUCCGGAUCAACAGCAGUACUACUAUGUCUGUCGUCCCAACUGUGUCAUCUUUAGCAAAUGCCCCAAUCAGGAGCAAUUCAACUCAAGCAGUGGCCACUGUAUGCAGCGUGUCUAUCCCAACCAUCAGCUCGCUUGCAACAAGCCAGGACGCUUUCCAUAUCCUUAUGACUGCAAAGUGUACUACAGAUGCGAUGAGCAACGUAACCUGCACAUCUAUCGCUGCUCGCCCCGACAUAUCUUCAAUCCACAAACACAAACAUGCAUACCUGGCGAUGAUUGCCCCGCCACUGAAAUCUCCAACGGCGGCAGCUACAUACCCGAAAAUUGUGAGCUCAAAUUCCCCGAAUGCACCAAGGAAGGCAACUUCAGAUCGCCUACAGACUGUGGUCUAUACUAUACCUGCAAGCUGCAGCCAAGUGGCAACUACUUGCAAACGCGCUUCAAAUGCCCGCCUAAUGAGAGCUAUGAUCUGAAACAAAACAAAUGUCAGCCUAUGCACAAUGUCGACUGUCGUGCCUACUUGCAACUUUCUGACCUUCCCUAUGCGCCCAUGACUCCUUUCUAUCCCUAUCCGCCACAGCAUGGCAAUCCAGAGAUUGGCUUUGACGGCGACUACGAUGCCGUGCCAGAAGAGCAAGAACAAGAGCAACAACUGCAGCCAGCAGCAGCCAAAUCGAACAUAGAGAUACGACCAAACAUUGUUAUUCUGCCAACAACAACACCGACAACAACAACCUCAACUACGACAGUCAAAUAUCCUGCUUAUCCCUCAUAUCCUUCGUAUCCCUAUUACCCAUACGGCAGCUACGAUACACCUAAAUCUGAAAGCCAGAUAAAACCAGAUGCCACUAUAAGCUCUAGAGUUAUUCCCGAAGCACAAACAGCAAGACUAACAACUCCAACAACAACAUCUAGACCAACAACUCCUACAACAACUGCACCAACACUCUACAAGACAUCAAGUGCCGCAGCAGCAGCCACACACCAAGAGAUCCUCACGGUGAACAAAAAGCCGUGGCUGCUGCAGGCGCAAAAUCAAACAUUACACUUAACACCCAUAGUAACGUCCAGUAGCCCAGUGAUUAAUGCAAAUCGUUCGUUAUUAGCAUACAACAGCACGGAAUAUGCCACAGAGAAGGUGCCCGAGCUUAUACUCAAUGUGUAUGAGCCCAUUGAUGUAAAGGUUGUCUUCUGUCCCAGAAACUGCGAUGAAGAUCACGAUCAUCAAUAUGACCCAGAUGAUAGUAAUAAGUACAAUUGCUCCAACUACUCGGGCAACUGCAAAAGACCCAAAGCUCAUCAUGCCGUCGAUGUAUCGUUCAAGCCUGUGAAGCUAAGCGACACUGCUGGCUUCCAGAUGAUAGCAUAG